GUCGGUAGCGAUUCUUCACGAUUCUUCACUCACUUGUGCUAGCUUCGCCCCUCGCAGAACCUGUUGUGUUGUUUUCUGUUCUUCGAUCAGUUCUCGUACUCAUCGUAAAACUACUCAUCGCAGUACUGUUUAAAGUAUCCGCAAUUUCGCGCACUUGUUCCAAAGUAGCUGCUAGCUGUUCGCUGUUCGCUGAGUAUCUGAGUAUCUGAGCUGUGUCCGUCGGUGCGUACGAGCGGCAUUAUUAUAACGUGUUUAUACGCAUUCGUGGUUAGUUUGUGUAUCUUAUCGCAAGCGGUAUUGAUAGUCCGUGCUAAACUAUUGACAAGAGUGUUCAUUUUUUCGACAAAUUUAAAGUACAAAUUUUUAUUUUCAUAUUAAAUAAUAAUUUCUGUGUGUUCUGUCUGUGAAGUGUGGAAAAAGUCAAUACAAAAAUGAGGGAAAUCGUACAUUUGCAAGCAGGUCAAUGCGGUAAUCAAAUUGGCUCAAAGUUCUGGGAAAUCAUCUCAGAUGAACAUGGCAUCGAUCCCAAUGGCAUGUAUCACGGCGAAAAUGAUUUGCAAUUGGAACGCAUUGAUGUCUACUACAAUGAGGCUAACAAUGGCAAAUAUGUGCCACGUGCAGUGCUUAUCGAUUUGGAGCCCGGCACAAUGGAUUCAGUGCGCCAAUCGGCCAUGGGUAUGCUUUUCAGGCCGGACAAUUUUGUAUUCGGACAAUCAGGCGCGGGUAAUAACUGGGCCAAGGGUCACUACACAGAAGGCGCUGAAUUAAUUGAUUCAGUAUUGGAUGUUUUACGCAAAGAGUCAGAAGGUUGCGACUGUCUGCAGGGUUUCCAACUUGCUCACUCCCUUGGUGGUGGUACCGGUUCGGGUCUUGGAACCUUAUUGAUUUCGAAGAUACGUGAAGAGUAUCCCGAUAGAAUAAUGAACACAUUUUCCGUAGUUCCUUCACCUAAGGUGUCCGAAGUCGUUGUGGAGCCAUACAAUGCAACAUUGUCGGCACAUCAAUUGUGCGAAAACACCGAUGAAACAUUUUGCAUCGAUAAUGAGGCAUUAUACGAUAUUUGCUAUCAGAAGCUGCGUCUGCCCACGCCAACAUAUGAAGACUUGAAUCAUUUGUUGUCCGUAACAAUGUCAGGAGUUACCACUUGCUUACGUUUCCCUGGUCAAUUGAAUGCUGAUUUGCGUAAAUUAGCUGUCAAUAUGGUUCCUUUCCCACGUUUGCACUUCUUCAUGCCUGGAUUUGCUCCAUUGACUGCCAAAGGAUCACAACAAUAUCGCGCACUCACCGUUGCCGAGCUCACACAACAAAUGUUCGAUGCAAAGAAUAUGAUGACUGCGUGCGAUCCCAGACAUGGACGUUAUCUCACCGUUGCUUGCAUCUUCAGAGGUCCAAUGUCAAUGAAGGAAGUGGACACUCAAAUGUUUAAUAUACAAAACAAGAACAGUAGUUACUUCGUGGAGUGGAUACCGAAUAACGUGAAAGUUGCCGUUUGUGAUAUUCCACCACGUGGUUUAAAAAUGUCAGCCACUUUUAUUGGUAAUACGACCGCCAUUCAGGAAAUCUUUAAACGCAUAUCAGAGCAAUUCACAGCUAUGUUCAGACGUAAGGCUUUCCUUCACUGGUACACGGGCGAGGGUAUGGAUGAAAUGGAAUUCACUGAGGCUGAAUCAAAUAUGAAUGAUUUGAUAUCCGAGUAUCAACAGUAUCAAGAGGCAUCCGCAGAUGAUGAUGUCGAAUUUGAUGAAGAGCAAGAGGAGCACGAUGCUUAUGAAAAUGAGGCUAUACAAAACGGCAUGUAAAGUGUCAAAACUGUAAAAGUGCAAAUUUAGUUGAUGGAUUUCAUUAACUUAAAAUAAUUCAGAAAUUCUUAUGUGCAAAUUCAGAAAUAAUUUUUAAAAAUAUUUUAAAAUAAAAAAGUUUUGUUUUAUAC